ACAGGCUACCCACUUCUUCCUGGUCGAUGUUGUCGCCAUUACACAACGUCUUCUUUACGUAUUGUUUUGAUAACUCAGCAAAAUCUUGCUGUACAUUAAUAGUUUUAGCGCUUACGGAGACGUAGAACCAUCUAGUGUUGAAGGUUUAUUAACAACUUCGGCGAUAAUUACUUUUUGAUCCUUUGAUACAGAGGGGGAACAUACCAGCAUCUUGCUCUAAAACUGUCUGUUUUGAUUUCGACUGUUUGAAAAUGUCCCCUAUUCCUUAAGGAUAACCGUGGUCAUUAAGAAUCUACGCAUAUCCAUCACAACCAUGGCCUCGCCUGUGGUAAAGGGCAAGGAAAUCCUCCUCUUAGCAGUUGAAAGCUAUGAUCCCCAGGAUAGCGAUGACUUGGGCAUUUUGGAAGCUGCAGGAAUGGCUCCUGAAUUGGAAGCUCAACUGGCUGUAGAGAAGGGCUGCAAAUUUGUAUUGAUUGGUGAAGUGUGCUGGUGGCUUCAUGUUAAAUGCCUGAAGACAGAUGAACAAGGUUAUAUCCCUAGCAUCCAUGUUGUCCCUCUAAAAGACCAUCUGCUACCGGCCGAUGAGAUUGACUUGGCUUGUGGAGGCAAGGUUUCGUAUGGAAUGCUGAAUCUGGAUGUCAAUUUAAAAUUCUUUCCAUCUGUUCCUACAGAUUAUGGUGGCAUUAAAAGGGAACCAUGUCCAGAGAACAGUGCAAACAUAUUGUCUAAGGCUACAUUUUGGUGGCUGAAUUCGCUUAUUUUUACUGGCUUCAAACGACCACUUGUGGACAAAGACAUGUGGAGUCUUGCAAAGAAAAACAGGUCUGAUUAUAUUAUACCAAGAGUUGAAGCCAAGUGGAACAAGGAGGAAGAAAGACUCAGGAGAAAAUAUCCCCCAACAUCAGGUUCUGGUGUCCACAUGCAUGAGUCUGCCAAGACGAGGAAUGGCAAGCAUGUAGAGGCAGACAAACUACCUAAUGGGGAUGUGGAAGAAGAAACUGUAGAGUUUGUCCCAAAAAAAGAUGGGAAAAUGGAAAAAAAGAAAACGCCAUCUUUGACCAAAGUGAUAGGGUUGAUGUUCUGGAGAAGCUUCUUGUUGGCUGCAUUCCUUAAGCUGACGCAUGACUGUCUUUUGUUUGUUGAGCCAUACUUACUCAACUUGUUGAUCCAGUACACAGAGGAAGAAGAUAGCCCUGAUAAUAGGUGGACUGGCUACAUGUACGCUUUGGUGCUGUUUUUGAGUGGCAUCACCCGUACCCUUGUCCUUCAGCAGUAUUUCCACAUCAUGUUUAGACUCGGCAUGAACAUACGAACUUGUGUUGUAGGCAUGGUCUAUCCCAAGGCUCUUAGACUGAGUAACAAGUCCCGCAAGCAGUCCACAGCAGGAGAGAUGGUAAACCUUCUCUCUGUGGACGCCCAGCGCCUGAUGGACCUGAUGUCCUACUUCAACACCGUCUGGUCCUCACCCCUCCAAAUCGCCAUUGCACUGUACUUCCUGUAUAACACCAUGGGCGUGUCUAUCCUGGCUGGGAUUGGAGUCAUGCUGCUGCUAAUCCCACUGAACAUGUUCGUCACCAAGCUAUCUCGUAAACUUCAGGUGAAAACUAUGGAAGAGAAAGAUAAGCGGAUGAAGAUAAUCGGAGAAGUACUCAAUGGGAUCAAGGUUUUAAAGCUGUACGCCUGGGAAUACUCCUUCAUGAAGAAACUUGCAGGGAUUCGUCGUGACGAGCUUCAGUACCACAAGUCGAGCAUGUAUCUUGCUGCAGGUUUUUCCUUCACCUAUACCUGCGCUCCUUUUCUGGUUUCCCUGUCGACUUUUGCCGUUUAUGUUUUAAGUGGCAACGAGCUGACCGCCCAGAAGGCCUUUGUCGCCAUCUCUCUGUUCAACAUUCUUCGCUUUCCUCUUAUCAUGUUCCCUAAUAUCAUCAUCCAGUUUAUUCAGGCUCGAGUGUCUAUUAAAAGAGUGCAACAAUUCCUGCAUCUGGAAGAGCUGAAUCCGGAGUUUGUACAGCGGACAAUGCCCUCUCAAUAUAACGCACAAGCCAUUCACGUAGAGGACUGCUCCGUCACAUGGGACAGCGGGGACCCGGAUAUACUGAGCGACAUCAACCUGAACAUCCCCGAGGGUUCCCUGGUUGCGGUGGUGGGACAGGUCGGGUGUGGCAAGUCCACCCUGCUCUCCGCGCUCCUCGGGGAGACGGAGAAAACGAAAGGGCAGGUUUAUGUUAAGGGUUCUGUAGCGUAUGUACCGCAGCAGGCCUGGAUCCAGAAUGCAACACUACGCGACAACAUCCUAUUCGGCCGAGAAUACGACCCCGUGCGAUACGGCAAGACUGUACGCGCUUGUGCACUGCAGACCGACUUUGACAUACUUCCCUCCGGCGACAGUACAGAGAUCGGUGAAAAGGGCAUCAAUCUUAGUGGUGGUCAGAAGCAGCGUGUUAAUCUGGCCCGUGCUGUCUAUUUCAAUGCUGACGUGUACCUGCUAGAUGACCCACUCAGCGCUGUCGACUCACAUGUCGGCAAACACAUCUUUGACAAGGUCAUAGGACCGAGGGGGAAGCUCAGAAACAAGACUCGCGUCCUUGUGACACAUGGGAUCAGCUUUCUUCCGCAAGUGGACCAGAUAGUGGUCCUGCAGAAUGGACGGAUUUCAGAGAUCGGGACAUACGCGGAGCUCCAGGCCAAUCAGGGUGCGUUUGCCGAAUUUCUAAAGAUGUAUGCAGCGGAACACAAGGACAAGGAAGAAGAGCCCAUCAUGAUCGACUCUGCUAUACCCACGCACAUCGAGCAGGAUGACCCUCUCGCGCUGGACCGUACAAUCAGCAUAGAGGAGAUGGGAGGAAGCUGUGAGCAGCUGAACCUUGUGUUACCUGCUCGGCGUCGUGUUGAGUCGGAGAUGUCUCACGAUAGUGUACACGUGGAGGAUACGCGCGCAGGCGAGGCCAAGGAGGCGGAUAGGAUGAUCUCAGAAGAGACGUCAGAGAUUGGAAGUGUGAAGUUCAAGGUGUUCCUGACCUACUUCCGUUACAUCGGCGUCUUCAUCGUCAUCUUUGUCAUGCUGCUCUUCAUCCUCUCCGAGAGUUCUCUUAUCCUAUCACGCUUCUGGCUCGCUGAUUGGAGCGUUACAAACGUCACGCAAUCCUCUCAGCGAGACCGCUAUCUUGGCGUUUACGGCGCGUUUGGCUUCGCACAAGCAUUCUUCACCCUCCUCUCGUCAUUCCUCCUCGCCUACGGCUCAAUCAAGGUCUCCACUUCCCUGCAUGAGCGGCUUCUGUUUAACAUCCUUCGCUCACCGAUGUCGUUCUUCGAGAGUACCCCUGUGGGCCGUAUUGUCAAUCGCUUCUCUAAGGACAUAUUUGUAAUUGACGAUACUCUACCUCGCUCAUAUCGGACUCUUAUGACCUGUAUCGUCAGCGUGCUUGGCUCAAUGAUUGCCAUAAGCUUCGCCACGCCCCUGUUCCUGACGGUUGUGUUUCCACUAGCCAUUGUCUAUGUUGCAAUACAACGCGUGUACGUUGCCUCCUCGCGGCAGCUGCGGCGCAUUGAGUCCGUCAGUCGAUCACCCAUCUACAAUAAUUUUCUGGAGACGAUCAACGGCACCAGCACCAUCCGCGGCUACUCGCAGCAGAUGCGAUUCAACAGAACGAACUAUUGCAAGGUGGACGAUAGUCAGGUUGCGUACUAUCCAUGGGCCAUCUCCAACAGAUGGCUUGCAGUAAGGCUGGAAUUCAUCGGUAAUCUGGUGAUCCUCGCCGCUGCACUCUUCGCAGUCAUCGCUCGAGGCAGGAUCGAUAGUGGCAUGGUCGGCCUCUCGAUAACCUACGCCUUCCAGAUAACCCAGACGCUCAACUGGCUAGUGCGCAUGUCUGGUGAGCUGGAGACAAACAUUGUGGCAGUGGAACGCGUGAAGGAAUACACAGAGGCCCCUACUGAGCCUGAUUGGGAGAUAGAGGACCAUCGACCCCCGGACGGAUGGCCCAAUACUGGUAAUAUAAAGAUUGACAGUUUGGACUUGCGCUACAGAGAGAGUCUACCCCUGGCACUAAAGGACAUCUCCUGUGACAUUCAGCCCGGAGAAAAGAUCGGCAUUGUCGGUCGUACCGGUGCUGGCAAGUCAUCCCUUUCUCUAGCGCUGUUUCGAAUGCUUGAGGCAGCUGGUGGAAAGAUCGUGAUCGACGGCGUCGAUAUCGCAAAGAUCGGUCUGCACGACUUAAGAUCCCGACUCACGAUUAUCCCUCAGGACCCCGUCCUGUUCUCCGGGACCCUGCGGUUCAACUUGGACCCAUUUGAUGCGUACUCGGAUGAAGACCUGUGGGAGGUACUAGAGGUUAGCCAUCUCAAGGCUUUCGCGUCAGGUCUGCCCGAGGGACUUCUGCACCCAAUCGCAGAGGGAGGAGAAAAUCUCAGUGUUGGACAGCGUCAGCUGGUGUGCCUGGCUCGCGCUCUGCUCAGGAAAAGUAAAGUCCUGGUGUUGGAUGAGGCUACCGCUGCUGUGGAUUUGGAGACGGAUGAGCUGAUUCAAAACACCAUCAGAACAGAGUUCGCAGAGAGGACUGUCCUAACCAUCGCCCACAGACUCAACACCAUCAUGGACUACACAAGGGUACUGGUGAUGGAUAGAGGCUGUACACGGGAGUUUGACAGUCCUCAGAACCUACUUGCUGCCAAGGGGAUAUUCUACGGGAUGGCAAAAGAUGCUGGCCUUGCGCCAUAAUAUGGUGCUACAUUGGAAUCUCAUGAAUACGGACAGUGGAACCCCGUUAUUAUGGAUACUAUAGGCAACCGUAAAAGUUUCCUCGUACAGUGGAACCCCAUUAAUACGGACACCAUAGCGAACCGUGAAAGUUACCCCAUUAAUACGGACACCAUAGCGAACCGUGAAAGUUUCCCCGUACAGUGGAACCCCCUUAAUACGGACACCAUAGGGAACCGUGAAAGUUUCCCCGUACAGUGGAACCCCAUUAAUACGGACACCAUAGCGAACCAUGAAAGUUACCCCAUUAAUACGGACACCAUAGCGAACCGUAAAAGUUUCCUCGUACAGUGGAACCCCAUUAAUACAGACACCAUAGGGAACCGUGAAAGUUUCCCCGUACAGUGGAACCCCCUUAAUACGGACACCAUAGGGAACCGUGAAAGUUUCCCCGUACAGUGGAACCCCAUUUAUACGGACACCAUAGGGAACCGUGAAAGUUUCCCCGUACAGUGGAACCCCCUUAAAACGGACACCAUAGGGAACCGUGAAAGUUUCCCCGUACAGUGGAACCCCAUUUAUACGGACACCAUAGGGAACCGUGAAAGUUACCCCGUACAGUGGAACCCCAUUAAUACGGACACCAUAGGGAACCGUGAAAGUUUCCCCGUACAGUGGAACCCCAUUUAUACGGACACCAUAGGGUACCGUGAAUGUUUCCCCGUACAGUGGAACCCCCUUAAAACGGACACCAUAGGGAACCGUGAAAGUUUCCCCGUACAGUGGAACCCCAUUAAUACGGACACCAUAGGGAACCGUGAAAGUUUCCCCGUACAGUGGAACCCCAUUUAUACGGACACCAUAGGGUACCGUGAAUGUUUCCCCGUACAGUGGAACCCCCUUAAUACGGACACCAUAGGGAACCGUGAAAGUUUCCCCGUACAGUGGAACCCCCUUAAUAUGGACACCAUAGGGAACCGUGAAAGUUUCCCCGUACAGUGAAACCCCAUUUAUACGGACACCAUAGCGAACCGUGAAAGUUACCCCAUUAAUACGGACACCUUAGCGAACCGUGAAAGUUUCCCCGUACAGUGGAACCCCAUUAAUACGGACACCAUAGGGAACCGUGAAAGUUUCCCCGUACAGUGGAACCCCCUUAAUACGGACACCAUAGGAUGAAAACCGUAAUGCGGUUCUCAUACAAAAAAAAAUAUAUUUAUCUUAAUAUAUAUUUUUUGGUUUUAUAGAUAUCAGUAUUGUAAAGUUUGGUUCGGUAAAAAAUUAACAUAAUGCGGUAUGAUAUAUACAAGGAUAUACUUUAUAAUAUUACUAUAAAGUUAAGAUCUUAUAUUUAUCAUAAAUAAAGAUUGACUGCCUAAUAAA